AAUUUAAUUUAGAGUCUUUGACUAAUCAAUUCCCCAUUUUCUCAUUUAUUUCUCUCUCUACAUUAAAAGAGUUGCUCAAUCCAGACAAACAAUAAACGAGGGAAAGCUAUUAACUCUUUUAAUGGUGUCGAAGAAGACAUCAGAUUGGCCUCCUCCUGGUUGGAAGGAAAAAAUUAGGGUUAACUAUGGACGCAAGAUUAAGUGCUACAUCAAUUCAAAAACACAUAUAAAAUUAUAUUCAAAAGCUGCUGUGCUUCGAUGCAUUGAAGAUGGUAGCGUCAGUAACAAAAAGUCUCCUUUAAGUGAGCAUGCUAAGAAGAGUUCUCUUGUCCAAGCAAAUGAUUCCGAGUGGUUACCCACUGGUUGGGUCAUAGAAAGGAGAAUCCGUAAGAGUGGCGCCAGAGUAGGAACAGAGUAUAAGUGUUUUAUUGAUCCAUCCUCUGGAGCUAAAUUCUUCUCAAAACCUGAAGUACUCCGGCAUCUUAAAUGUAUAGCGGGCAAUGCUGGAUCAUCUAGAGGGAAGGACAAGGGAGGCAGCAGGAAAUCUUCCAGCAAGAGGUUAGUUGAGGCAACAAGUUCACACAAGUCGAAUUCGGAGCCAAAGACGUCACAGAUCUUGAAAACACCUGUUCGAAAUAGUCUUUCUUCAAGAAAACGAAAGGUUGUAAUUGAGAGGACCGCGGAUGAAGGGUUGCCUCCUGGGUGGAUCAAGGAAAUGAGAAUCAAAAUGCUUGGCGAUAAAAUUAUCAGGAGGGAUCCAUUCUUUCUUGAUCCUGCUAGUAGCCUGGUCUUUCGCUCAAAAUUGGAAGUACUGCGCUAUGUGGAGACGGGAGAGAUCAGUAGACAUGCAUAUCAUAGGAGAAAUCAAAACGUUAUUGGAGAGGAUUCUGCUGUUGGAACUACCUCUACAUCUUCAGCUAAAAGGAAGGAGACAACGGACAGCAAGAUCAGAAAACAGCGUUUUGCCAAAAAGGGAUGUAGUGAACAAAGUAUUCAAGCACUGACUGAAACUGGAGACAAUGAAGAAUCUGGAAGCAGGAAACAUAAAUAUCCCAUUAGAGUUAGGCGACCACCUUCCGCUAGUGUUCCUAACCGGACGACCGUGUCACCUGAAUCAACCAGCAAUUCCCAAGUGGCAAAUCCAUUGCUGGACAAGGAUCCUGCUAUUAGGGACACUGUAGGUAUGAUCAGAUUUAAACCCCCAGAAGUCCAAGAGGCUGAUGUAAAAGAUGCCAUUCCUCAAAAGAGUGAGUCCUCAUCUCCUUCAAGGGGUGUAUUGCCCGAGGAGAACCCUGUUGGCGUUGCCAUACAAAAUGGCAAUACUGGGAAAGCUCAGACUGGCAAAAGGAAAGCAAAGGGUGGGAAAAUGCCUUCUCGGUCCUCUAAACGACUUGCUGGUGUUGAUGCUGAAGUGUUGUACCUCACAAUACCCAUUGAACAUGCUCUUCGAUCCAUAACUAGAAAGCCUUCCAGAACUAAACCCAUUCCUAGUUUAGCAUCAAUUCCAGUUGAAUUACAGAAAAAGGACCAGGAUGUUGAUAGCAAUAAAUUAAUAGUGGAUGCACUUCAGGCCACAAGUAAAAAGUCCUUCAGCACUGUGGAAUCGGUCCUUAAUGAGUGUCAUGAACAUCAGGUUUUGGAUAUGCAAAAUGAGCUUGCAUCUCGAGAAGUAAAGCAUGAUACAGUUGAUGUAAAAACAUUGCCUGCUGCUCAAGCAGAAAAACCAUUAAACAAGGUUGACGACCCAAAAUUCCAAGAAGAAAAACAUUCUACGCUAGAUUUCGAAGCAAAAAGUGUGCUUUGUACAAAUGGAGAACAACCUUCGAACAACAGUGAUAACUUAAAAUUGCAAGAAGAACAACGCCGCACACUUGAUGUCGACUUAGAAACUGUGCUCUCAACUCAAAAACCAUUGAACAAGAUUGAUCACUUGCCAUUUCAAGAAAAGAAACUCUCAUUUGAUAUGAAUACAGUAUUUGAUAUGGAUUCGGUUGAUAACUUUGUAAGAAAAGAUCCCAUUUUGGUUGAUCUCAAUGAUCUGCAGUUGGAGGCUCCGCCUGGCUUCUCCGGUAAAACAAAAGUGCAAUCAAUAACAACAAAGCAAUCACUAGAGCACUCAAUGGGUAACUUGCUGAAGGACAAGGUUGAGACUGUUCCAAAGGGGAAAUUGAUCCUAGAAGAGCGAUCACAGGAGAAACUGGCGAGCAGUCAAACUGAGCAGCCACAAUCUGAAUUCGGCUUUUCAGCACCCUUGUGGUCUGAUCCAUGCCUUGAUUUUGCAUUCAAAACUCUUACAGGUGCAAUACCAUUCGAUGAUAAUCUAGCUAUACAGGACUAUAUUCAGUAUCAAAGCCGCACUUCUGAACCGCCAGCACAAACAUGUGCUCCCAGCUGCUUGAAAAAUAACGAAACAAAAGCGGUAUCCCAGUUGCCAGAAGACGUAAACUUCCCCAAUUCGAAUGGUUUUGGCUCAUCAGAAACAAAGCAGGUGAAGAAUAAAUGAUAAUCUUAGAGCAGCUAUUCUGUUGUAAUUCUUUGUAGUAUAUAGUUAGUGUAUCUUACCCAGUGGUUGCAACUUGCAACUAGAUCAGUCCUAAGUCCUAACCAUUGUAAUAUCUAUUUGCUUAUAUUAUUAGUUAGAAUAUCGAAUGUA